AAACGCCUCUAAGCUACUUGUCAGGCAUGUUUACUGCAUAUAUAUUUACAGUAAACCAGGAUUAUAGGGGUUACAUUUGGUGUCUUGCAUCUUGCUUCAGCUGGCAAAAAGAUAAGGCGAUGUUUCCCCCUGGUGGUUUGUAAAAAUAAAUAUAUUUAUAAACUUUUUUAUGUAUUUGGGUUAACUAUGCACGGAGGUAUAUAGAGACACAAGAAGCAGCACCCUGCCCUAAGGUGAUCAACUUGCUGUUCACCGUCAGCGUUUCGGAGGGUGUGUUAAGGUGUGUCUCUGCUGAGUCCCUGCCUGUAGCCGCACAUUCAGAAACUGCAGUCUGCCAGCUCGUGACAGGAGGAUAUCUAGAGACGUGACGGGACACCAACCAAGCUAAAAUCCAGAUAACCUGUCACAUUUCCGUCGUCAGGUCGAGACCAAGUCCGUCAAGUUUUAUUUGAAAAAAUGGCGAAUGUUUUCAUUUUCACCAUCUGCUCGGUUUUGCUCAUGUCCCGCGCGGAGUCGUGUUAUAUCCCCGACUCUCUCUACGUCCCUGUGCCACAAUUUAUCCCCGUUGGAUACCAAAUAACGAAAGUUGAGACAGCGGACUGUGACAUUAAAACCUUGCGGUUAACUGUGGAGGACCCCAGUUUUACAAUCCAUAGUAAUGGAGCGAUAGUAACACUGACUCCUGUAACGCUGGCAACAAGAGGGCGGACAUUUUCUGUGAGAGCUCAGGACAAUAAUGGACCGGGAAGUGAGAUGGAAGUUCACCUUGUCCGACAAACAGUAAAGGAGACGGAUCACUCAGGCCAAGUCUUGCUGAAACGCGUCAAAAGACGCUGGAGCCCUCCACCUAUUCACGUAUUGGAGAAUGACAAGGGCCCUUUUCCAAGAAAAAUUGAGAAGGUUGUAUCAAGUGCAGCUGCUACACACAAGUUGUACUACACCAUCAGUGGAUCUGGGGUGGAUGAGGCUCCACUUGGAGUGUUCAGUAUCGAUAGAGACACUGGGGAAUUGAAUGCGCAUAAACCAGUGGAUCGUGAAGAGUAUGCCACACUUAAAUUACGGUUCAGGGCUUAUGAUGUACAAACAAAACAGGAAGCAGACAAAUAUUUGGACCUCCAAGUUAUAAUAGAUGAUAUGAAUGACAAUGCUCCAGAAUUCCAAGGGGAGCUAAAGUUUACUGUGCCAGAGAGAAGCAGCAUUGGUAUGAUGGUGGGGACAGUGAAUGCCACAGACAGAGAUCAAAUUAACACCAGUCAUGUUAGGAUCAGGUUCACGCUCAUGGAUGCAUCAAAGCUUUUUGCCAUCGACCCACUCACAGGUGUCAUCACUACCGCCGUCAACACUCUGGACAGAGAGGUACAAGAUACGCAUAUGGUGCUUGUAAAGAUUCAAGAUUUGGAAGGUGCUCCAAAUGGUCUGUUCAGUACAGCAACAGCAACAAUAACUCUGAGUGACAUCAACGACAACCCACCAACCUUCACAAAAACUUCUUAUGAGGCCAGUAUACAAGAAAAUGAAAGUGGAAAGCUUAUUCUCAGAAUUCCUGUGGAAGAUAAGGACUUGAUAAACACACCAAACUGGAUUUCCAAAUUCGUCAUCACUAAAGGAAAUGAAGAUGGAAAUUUCAGGAUCGAUUCCGAUCCUAAAACAAACGAGGGGCUUUUGUACGUUGUAAAGCCUUUGGAUUAUGAGAAGAACAAAAAAGUAAGGCUUGAGAUUUCAGCCCAAAAUGAAGCAAAGCUUGUUGGCACCACCGCCCAGUGGCUGUCCGUCCCUGUGGAUGUCAAUGUUAUCAAUGUGGACGAAGGCCCACAGUUCAGCGCCCCUACAAUCCGCAUCAACGUCAAGGAGAACACACCAAAUGGAACAAUAAUAGGAACGUACACAGCCAAAGAUCCUGAGACCAAUAGUGCUGACGGCAUCAUGUAUUACAAGAUUGAAGACCCAGCUUUCUGGAUCAAUGUGGACAGAAAUACGGGGGAGCUGAGGGUUGCAAACACAAUUGACAGAGAGUCACAUUUUGUCCAGGAUGGAAUUUACAACAUCACUGUGAAGGCUGUUGAUAAAUCUUCCAAGGUGGGAUUAGGAACUGUCAUCCUUGUAAUUGAAGAUGUCAAUGACAAUGUGCCAAAGAUCCCCUCUAACUUGGUGUUGUGCGAGGACAAGGAUGGAAAGGUUGGGUCUGUGAUUGUGGUUGCGGAAGACAAAGAUGAUAGUCCGUUUUCUUCCCCAUUCACCUUUAGCUUUCCACCUGACCAUGAUGGCAAAUGGUCUGUGAGGCCAUUCAAUGCAACAGCUGCUGUUUUGCAGCCGGCGAAGGAGCUUCCUAGAGGGAUAUACGAAGUCCCCCUCAUUGUCAGAGAUCUGCAGGGUGUUGGAGCAACACAGAUGACAACAGUAAUGAUCUGCCAAUGUAGGGAUGGAGUCUGCAUAGCCAAGAGAAGCUCUGUAACAUUUGGGCCGCAGGCUGCACUGGCUAUGCUGUUGCCUCUACUCCUCCUCCUCUUGCUCUGUUUACUCCUGAUAUUUUUCUGCAUAACAAGGAGAGAAAAACUGGAACUUGAAGAUAUGGGGUACAGUGGUGGACAUCUGCUCCCAUCAAACACAGAAGCGCCAGGGGACGAAGUGGAUUCCAAUCUCAUCGGCAUGGGCUUGGAGCAGGCAUUAAAAGGUUCUGUGAAGGGUUCUGCAUUGAAUGCAGGAUGGCUGGGAAACCAGAGCUCAAGCACAAUCGGAGGCCACGGCAUUCAUGACAUUGGGAAUUAUCAGGGUGCUAUUUCCACAACUAAAAUGCAAGAAUAUUCUUCUGGCCAAUAUGAACACCAGUACGGUCAGCAUGUUGGAAGUCAGCUUCUUGGUAACGGCAUGGGAUUCGACUACAGACACGUCGCCCAGGAUUCAUCCUAUCUUCACACCUGGCAAACAAAUGGCGUCUAUCUACAAAGGAAACUGGAUCAUAUGAGAACAGAGGGAGACGGACGUUACGCUGACGACAUAAUCCACUCCUACGGGUAUGAGGGGACGGGCUCGGUAGCUGGCUCCGUGGGAUGCUGCAGUGACCAUGGAGACAAUGAUAACCUCGACUUUCUAAACACACUUGGGCCAAAGUUCAAAUGUCUUGCAGAUGUCUGCAGAAAGACAUGAGCAGAAACGCUUAAUACAAACAAAUAAUAGUGCCUGGAUCUGAUUGCUUGAUAUGUCUGAGAAAAAGGAGCAAGCAGAUGGUGUUAGUGUGUGUGCGCAUGUAUAUGUUGCUCUUUGUUGUUUCCUGUUUUUGUGGCUUUUUGGUUGAAGUCUUUUGCACUGAAAACAGACGCGUAGAGUUGAACAGAAUUUGCAGAAAGCAUUCCUGUGUGUUUACUUAUUUGCUUUUGGAGCUUUGGAUUUUUUCUAAAAGAUAUUUAAGAGGAGAAGGGCUGCUAGGUUUUAUAUUGAUUUGAAAACAACUUGGUAUUUUUCUUAAUCUGUGUUCACAUUAAAUGCAAUUUUGUAAUUUUGUGGCUCAUUUUAUUUUGUGGUUUUCUAACAUAGUUUAUGGAAGAGAAUCUCAAAAGAAUAAAGACAGUAAUAUCUCUGCCUUUAUGAAUGUUUUUACAUAAUAUUUCAUGUCAAAUUCCAAUUUUAAAUGGUAAUAUUAGCUUAUCUUCAGUGAUUUUUCCACCUGGAAGCCAGUUUAGCGUUCUUAUAUUGUACAGUAAUUAUCUUUCAGCUGCACUAGCCUGGAAUGUGUUUGCAGCCAACAGGGCGUAGUUUUGGCCUGAUGUCAAGGCUAUUGCGACAUUCUGACAGUAAUCAUGUGAAAGUCAACAUGAGGGUGUGGAUGGGUGUGGUGUGGUGUGACACUGCCCCCAGCUGUCUGAAUGAAAGACUGUCCUGAUAGAACAGCCAAUUUUCAAUAAAAUGUUUAUUAAAGGGUUUCUAGUGUCAUAUGUGUUUGCUUAUGUUGUUGUAAUAAAGUAUUCGUGGAAUCUUG